AUGGGCCCUAAUGAUGAGAGUGAACGCACACUUGGUUUACUAUGGUUCCCUAACGAGGAUAUGCUCGGAUUUGACGUCUCAUUUAAGAAAAUACCUACUUGUCUGAUAAAUGGAGAAAAGAAACCUACUAAAAGAGAAAUACUGCAAGUCAUUAUGUCCAUUUUUGAUGUCUACGGUUUCCUGUCGCCCUUUACUAUACGAGGCAAGAUAAUAUUGCAACAAACAUGGAAAUGCAAACUUGAUUGGGACGAGGUAGUACCUAACAAUAUCUAUGACAAGUGGAUCAGCUGGCUGGAACAAUUGAAAAGCAUUCAUUUGAUACGCCUGCCACGCUAUUAUCAAGGGCGAGUGCACCGGACGCCGAGUGAAAAAGAAGACAGCCCCGCCUGCGCUGCCACUGCGGCUACCCUGGCCGCCCCUGCGGCUGGUCGCGCUGCCCCUGCGCCGCCCCUGCGGCUGCCCUUGUCUGCGCUGCCUCUGCGCGCGCCUGCGCCGCCCCCGCGGCUGCCCUUGUCUGCGCCGCCCCUGCGGACGCUCGCGGUGCCCCUGCGCGCGCCUGCGCCGCCCCCGCGGCUGCCCUUGUCUGCGCCGCCCCUGCGGACGCUCGCGCUGCCCCUGCGCGCGCCUGCGCCGCCCCCGCGGCUGCCCUUGUCUGCGCCGCCCCUGCGGACGCUCGCGCUGCCCCUGCGCGCGCCUGCACCGCCCCCGCGGCUGCCCUUGUCUGCGCCGCCCCUGCGGACGCUCGCGCUGUCCCUGCGCGCGCCUGCGCCGCCCCUGCGGGUGCCCUUGUCUGCGCCGCCCCUGCGGCUGCCCUUGUCUGCGCCGCCCCUGCGGCUGCACUGGCCGCCCCUGCGGCUGGUCGCGCUGCCCCUCCGCGCACCUGCGCCGCUCCCGCGGCUGCCCUUGUCUGCGCCGCCCCUGCGGCUGCCCUGGCCGCCCCUGCGGCUGGUCGCGCUGCCCCUGCGCGCACCUGCGCCGCUCCCGCGGCUGCCCUUGCCUGUGCCGCCCCCGCGGCUGCCCUGGCCGCCCCCGCGGCUGCUCUGGCCGCCCCUGCGGACGCUCGCGCUGCCCAUGCGCGCGCCUGCGCCGCCCCCGCGGCUGCCCUAG